ACCCUUUGAAACAUACACCUGUGAGCAGUACACACAGAGCCACUUCAAGAGACGAUCAAGAGACAAAUACAGCAAAUCAUGGUGUCCGCUGGCCUUCAGAUGCUGGGCACCGCCCUGGCCAUUAUAGGAUGGAUUGGUUUGAUCGUGGUCUGCGCACUUCCCAUGUGGAAGGUCACAGCCUUCAUCGGCAAUAAUAUUGUAACGGCACAGAUUUCAUGGGAGGGAAUUUGGAUGAGCUGUGUUGUACAGAGCACUGGACAGAUGCAAUGUAAAGUCUACGACUCCAUGCUGGCCCUCUCCUCAGACCUUCAGGCUGCCCGCGCCCUCACCAUCAUUUCCAUCGUAAUUGGAAUCUUGGGCAUCCUUCUGGCUGUGGCUGGUGGCAAAUGCACCAACUGUGUUGAAGACGAGAGUUCGAAAUCCAAGGUUGGUAUCACUUCGGGCGUGAUUUUCAUCAUAGCUGGGGUGCUGUGUAUGGUCCCGGUGUGCUGGACAGCCCACGUCAUCAUCAAGGACUUCUACAAUCCCUUGCUGAAUUCAGCUCAAAAGAGAGAGAUUGGAGCAGCACUCUACAUCGGCUGGGGGGCCGCUGCCCUGUUGCUCAUAGGGGGUGGUUUGCUAUGCUGCAACUGCCCGCCAAAGGAGAAUAAUGGAAAUUACACUGCAAAGUAUAAGGCUACCCCUCGGUCUGACGCCUCAGCACCAACCGGCAAAAACUUUGUGUAAAACCAAGAACUCUGAUAAUGGAUCCUGCCUAUGAUGUUUACAAUCUUGGGUUUGUCCAGGAUGUAGUGGCUCAAAGUUUUUGGAUCUAAGCAAGUAUCAUGGGGAAAGCAGCUUUCCAAAUGUUUAUACACUGUACUAGAAAACAAGAGGGUAAUGAAGAACCACAUUUAAAAAUCCUCUUGUCUGUCAAAGUAGGCUAAUCUGGAAAUUAAACAUGAUUUAAUUGUUAACUCUUUUGUAAUGUGGUCCUGAUAAAUGUGUAAUGUGGUUUUUCAAGUAUUCAAACUCAUGCUUUGUAAAUAUUCCUAUGAUGUACAGCAAACAGCAAAAUGCUUAGAUUUUUUUUCAGCUUUUUUGAUAUGAUGAAAAAUGGGGAAAAUAAAAAAAAUAUUGCUUUCAUACCU